CCCACGACUGUUUCAAAGAUUCUGGCGUCAAAGGACGUAGAUGUGUACUAUGGUGUAACGGCAAUGAUCGAGAAGAGAACGACCGCUUGGCCAUAAUCUCACAGGUUCCUGACAGCGAGCCAAAACAACAUCUGGGGUUCUUGAUCUUCUUCUCAAACUGCCCUCAAGAUUAAAACGAUCCAUUUUGUCAUGCCCAAGACCAAUACCGAUCAACAUCUUCUCACUCGUGGCUGAGAUCAUCCAACUCACUCUCUGCCUCCUUGAGCUCUUCCUUGACCUUUGCCUGGUGUGCCUAGAUGGUGAAUCGAGGACACGGCUGGGGUUCGGUAGACUGCUGACCCUCUGUGGCAUGCGGCCUUCACUGAGCAACAGGGGGCAGCCAGCUCCCAGAUUUGGGGAGUGGCGUAGAGAUGAUGAGAGUGGAUUUUCUAUGUCGGUCGAAAUAGAGCUCGUAGAUGGCGGUGGCCGUCGAGGUUUCCGCGUUGGCUUCCCCUUCGCCAGCCUCUGCUGCUUUCUCGUCUCGUUCUGCGAAACAAGUAGCUAGCCAGCACUUCGACUGGCUCUACCCACAUGUCGCCAUCAAUGGCGGCCUGGGGGAAGGACAUGAUGCUCAUGUUGAUGGUGAAUCUUUCCGUAUCUUUGAUUGGCAACGAGUUGCUCAGAGUUGAUCGGAUUGGCUAUCCAGCAUGCCAGCAAACCUCAAAGGCAUCAUGUUCCUGCGAGAACUCCCACCCCGAUGAAUCGGC